AUGCAAGUUUAUUACAUCAAUGAAACGGAUCGAUUUAGUGUUAUUGGUUACAUUGACGACAAUUUCAAGAUUAAUGGCCUUUACAACUUCUUAUUCCACUUUCCAGACGAUUAUCCCGACGACUUCUUUUACUUCAACCAAAGCACGCAUCCUCUUACAUCCACCACAGUUCAAAAUUUCCAUUACAUUUUUGAUAAUAAAAAAUGCUUUCCCAAUCCGAAUCUAGUCUCUAUUCUCAAUGGGUUGGCAAAAUCUUCUGAAUCUGGUGCAGUAUUAGAUGGAAAUGUAGAAUUUGAUCAAUGGUGGUAUUCUAUUGGUACUAAUAGCUAUUAUUUAAAACAAGGAAAAAUUCCGGGACCAUGUUGUGCUAAUCUUCAAGAUUCUGUUACACAUACGAAUGAUUUAUACAUUAAGAUAAUUGAUGAAUCAAUAUUGAGGUUUCUUCCUCCUUUUCAUGAACCUCUCUGUCUCUCGAAUGUUCUAAAAUACCAAAAUAGAUGUUAUUUCCAUCUUAAUUUCUUCGAAAUCUUUAUUGUUUUAAUAUCAGAGUAA